ACCAGGACGUUGCUUCAUGAUAAGAGUCAUCAAAACCUACUGGUUAAGUCUCUGAAGGCCACGUGGGGACAUUAUAGUAGGACACAGUGUGGAAGAAUGUGUAAGGCUGGCACAGCACAAACCCAGGCUGAGUAGGAGUGUGAGCCAACUGCAUGGAAUGAGGGUCACUGACUGAGCUCACAUUGAUUGGUUGGAUGUGGGAAAGGCUUCUCUGUGAUUGGUCAUCUUCUCAUCCACCUCUGUGCUUGUUCUGGAAAGAAUAGGCUUUACCUGCAGAGACAAGAGGAUGGACACCCAGGGGAAACAUUUGGCCAAUAAGGAGUGUGGGCAGGACUUUGGUACUGAGCCCAAUCCUCUCACCGGUACUGAAUGUGGGGAAACAUCAUCUCUAACCAAAGACUGUCAGGGGCAAAGAAACAUUUCUACAAGAAAAAAACCCUUUGAGUGCACAAAAUGUGGGAAAGGCUACAUCAGUAGGAUUGCCCUACUCACUCACCAGAAAAGUCACACAGUGGGGAAACCUUUCACUUGCACAAAAUGUGGCAAGAGUUUCCAUCGAAAAGCCAACCUUCUCUGCCACCAGCGCGUCCACUCAAAGAAGAAACCUUUUACUUGUAACGAAUGUGGGAAACGCUUCUCUCAAAAAAGUUUACUUGUCAAUCACCAGAAAACUCACACGGGGGAGAGAAAUGUCACUUGUCCAGAAUGUGGGAAAACUCUGUCUUCCAGUGGCAGCCUUCAUAAUCACCUCAAAAUACACACAGGGGAGAAACCAUUCACUUGUACAGAAUGUGGCAAAGGCUUUACUCAAAAGAAUAACCUUGUAUCUCAUAUGUACAUACACACAGGGGAGAAACCUUUUGCUUGUACAGUAUGUAGCAAAGACUUUGCUCAAAAGAGUAGUCUUUUAUCUCAUAUGAAAAUACACACAGGGGAGAAACCAUUCACUUGUACAGAAUGUGGGAAAAACUUUGCACACAAGAGCAGCUUCCUAAGUCACCUGCAAACCCACACUGGGGAGAAACCAUUCACUUGUACAGAAUGCGGGAAAGGCUACUUCAGCAGGAUAACCCUUCUCGCUCACCAAAAAUGUCACACACAGGAGCCUUUCAUUUGCACAAAAUGUGGCAAGAGCUUUAGUGCAGAAAGCAGCCUUUUUCGUCACCGACAUGUCCACAACGUCGAACAAACAUUUUCUUGUAAAGAAUGUGGUAAAUGCUUCAAUCAAAAAAGGCUCCUUAUCGGGCACCAGAAUAUUCACACGGGGGAGAGAAAUGUCACUUGUCCAGAAUGUGGGAAAACUCUGUCUUCUAGUAGCAGCCUUCAUAUUCACCUUAAAACACACACAGGGGUGAAACCAUUCACUUGUACAGAAUGUGGCAAAGGCUUUACUCAAAAGAAUCGCCUUGAAUCUCAUAUGAAACUACACACAGGGGAGAAACCAUUCACUUGUACAGAAUGUGGCAAAGGGUUUACUCAAAAAUGUUACCUUAAGUCUCAUAUGAAAAUACACACAGGGGAGAAACCAUUCACUUGCACAGAAUGUGGGAAACAGUUUACACGCAAGGAAAGCCUCUUAGGUCACCUGAAUCUCCACACUGGGGUGAAACCAUUCACUUGUUCAGAAUGUGGCAAAGGCUUUGCUAAAAGGAGUAGCCUUGUACCUCAUAUGAAACUACACACGGAGGAAAAAAAUUUCUCUUGCACAGAAUGUGGGAAAAAAUUUGUACAGAAGGCUGGCUUGGUAUAUCACCUGAAAAUCCACACUGGGGAAAAAUUGUUUUGUACAGAAUGUGGAAAAGGGGUUCGCAGUAAGAGCCACCUAGCAUCUCAUAUGAAAAAACACACAGGGGAGAAACCCUAUACUUGUUCAGAAUGUGGCAAAAGCUUUGCUCAAAGGAAUAACCUUGUAUCUCAUAUGAAAAUACACACAGGGGAGAAACCAUUCACUUGUACAGAAUGUGGCAAAGGCUUUGCUAAAGCUGUAGGUCUCCAAAAACAUAAGUGUGUUCACCAAAAGGAGAAGAAACCUUUAAUGUGUACAGAAUGACAGGAAUCUUAUUUGUUUGUUAUUUCUUGUGCCGUACCGGGAAAUUAGGGGAACUGAAGGUCCUUCAUGUUUGGUCCUUGCGAGUUAGAGAAUUAGAUUCCCAGUGAACAUUAUAUUGCAGUAUUGAUUCAAUAGAGUGUAAGCUCUGAUAAACAGGGCCCUCUAAUAUCAGUGAGUAUUUGUAUGUAAUUGUAUGAUUGAUGUGUACACCCUUCUAUUAUAUGGCCCUGUUGAAUAUGCUGGUGCUUUAUAAAUAUGUGUUAAUAAA